AGCGCUCAGAGCGCCGCUUCCGGUCCGCAGCGGGGCGGCAGCUUCCGGCGGGGCGGGGGUCGCGUAGCAGCGCGCCGGGGCCGGGCGGGGGCAGGAGGUGAGGCCGGGGCUGCCGCGUGGGGGUCGGGGUGGGGGCGAUCGGGGAGCGGCGCGGGGCGGAGGGGCGGAGCUCCGGCGCUGAGGCCCGGCCCGGGGUUGGGCCCCGCGGCCUUGUGGGGCCGCACCCGGUGCCCGGAGGUCCCCUCGGGGCCGUUGGAGCGGCGUUCGGUGGCGUUGGGGCGGAGCUCCGGGAGGCCGCGCUCAGCACAAAGGGCCGCGGGGCGCCGGGAUGGGGAUGGGCCGCUCGUAGUGCCCCGCUACCACCCGACGUGGGGCUGCCCGGCCCCGGGGGGGGUCCCUUCGUUCCCGGCGCCGUUCCGUCGCUCCCCGCCGCCCGUUUCCGUCUCCCGGCGGCGCUGCGAGGAACGCUCGGAUUUGUGUCGGAAAUGGCAUUUGGGGGAAGCUAUUUUUAGCGAGAUUGCAUAACGCGAACGCUGAGGAUUCACCGGGCGGUAGUCGGGCUCUCCACAGCGGAUCCAUCGGGCCUCCCAGCUCCCCGUUGGCCCUCGAAGAGCGAUGUUUGGGCUGUGAGAGGAGGAAGGGGGAAAGAUGGGCCACUGGGAGAGCCUCCCUGGAAAGAGUGAGCCAACGCCAGCACUGCCUCUGUGCCGCUCAGGGAGGAAUUCUGCCACGGAAGGGUUCUGGCAUCGGUGAUGAGCAAUGGGGUAUGAUGUAGCACGCUUUCAGGGGGAUGUUGAUGAAGAUCUUAUAUGCCCCAUCUGCAGCGGGGUCCUGGAGGAGCCAGUUCAGGCUCCUCACUGUGAGCACGCCUUCUGCAAUGCCUGCAUCACCCAGUGGUUCUCCCAGCAGCAGACCUGCCCCGUGGACCGCAGCGUGGUGACGGUCGCCCACCUCCGCCCCGUGCCGCGCAUUAUGCGCAAUAUGCUCUCCAAGCUGCAGAUCACCUGUGACAAUGCUGUCUUUGGCUGCACGGCUGUAGUGCGACUCGACAACCUGAUGUCUCACCUCAACGACUGCGAGCACAACCCCAAGCGCCCCGUGACCUGCGAGCAGGGAUGCGGCUUGGAAAUGCCCAAAGAUGAGCUGCCAAACCACAACUGCAUCAAGCAUUUAAGAUCGGUGGUGCAGCAGCAGCAGACCAGAAUUGCUGAGCUGGAGAAGACCUCAGCAGAACACAAGCAUCAGCUGGCAGAGCAGAAACGUGACAUCCAGCUGCUGAAGGCCUACAUGCGCGCCAUCCGCAGCGUCAACCCCAACCUGCAGAACCUGGAGGAGACCAUCGAGUACAACGAGAUCCUGGAGUGGGUGAACUCCCUGCAGCCCGCCCGUGUGACGCGGUGGGGGGGGAUGAUCUCCACGCCGGACGCCGUGCUGCAGGCCGUCAUCAAACGUUCCCUGGUGGAGAGUGGCUGCCCCACGUCCAUCAUCAACGAGCUGAUUGAGAACGCCCACGAGCGGAACUGGCCUCAGGGCCUGGCCACGCUGGAGACGCGUCAGAUGAACCGGCGUUACUACGAGAACUACGUGGCCAAACGCAUCCCCGGCAAGCAGGCCGUGGUGGUGAUGGCCUGUGAGAACCAGCACAUGGGUGAGGACAUGGUGCUGGAGCCGGGGCUGGUGAUGAUCUUUGCACACGGAGUGGAGGAAAUAUAAAGGACGUUGGAAGAGCGAUGCUUUGUGCUGAGGAGGGGGACGGGGCCGAGGCCCAGGGGGGGCGCACCCCACAGCCGGGCUCUGCUCACAGCUCUGCUGGGGUGCUGCUCCCUCACCCCUCCUGGCUGAAACGAUUCCAUGCCCCCCCACCCCCCUAUCCCCGUAACCGCUGCAUCCACCCCAGCCCCCCCCCCCCCACCCUUUGCCCUCUGCAGCUCCGUUUCCCCACUUGGUGUCUUCAGGGGGGCAGAGGACAUACAGCUGCUCCCCGGGCACUGCUGGACUGCAGCCCCACGGACUUCCAGCCCCACGGAUGCCCCCCCCCCCCCAGCUCAUGCUGUGCCUGCAGCCCCCGGCUGCCCCCCUCUCUCUGCUCUGCCUUUUCUGCCCUAUGCUUGGCUCUGUCUGUCCCUGGGGGGGGGGGGCCGGGCCUGGCCUCCCUCUCCCCAUUGACCCUAAAGGCAGAGCUGGGCACCGGGGGGCAGGGGGGGCUGCAGAGGAGGGGAGGGGGGCAGGCAGGGGGGGGGGGGGCCACGGGUGCCCCCUCUGCCCCACUGCUGUUCGUCCGCAGCCACUCGUGAUCGUGGUUCUGUAUUAUUUUGUACUUCUUGGCCUUCUCCCCUCUAUUUCCCCCCCCCCCCCCUCGUUUUAUUGUGGGGUGCUGUAGAUGGGAGCGUUGACCCCCAGCGCGGCCCCCCCGGGGGAGUUUAAUUUAUUUGCAUUCGUUCCGUUGGUUUUUUUACGGUCCUUUCCCCCCUCCCCCGCUGUCUGUACGGUGCGGUUCCGGGGCCCCCCCCCAUACCCGGGGGGGGGGAGGGGGGGGGUCAGUGAUCAAUAAACGCUGUUCUGGUUUCUGUAA